UCUUCAUCAGUUCAAGUCGCCUUCCAUAGCUCAUGAGCAGCUGUACAGCUUAAACGGGAUCACAAAAAGCUUUGAGUUUAACGCAAGCAGCUAAACUCACACGAGCUCUCUCUGUUUUGAGCUAUUAAAAUAGCCAUUGCUUUACAUCUUGCACUUUAACCAUUAUUUUGUUAAUUGUUAAUCACAAUUUACCCUUUUAUUUAAAUAUUUUCAUUAAUUUCAACAAAAUAACAGCCAACGGUUGAAGAUUGUAAAACCAAGUUUCAAAUGGAUUUAAGGUUAAUCUCAUCUGGACCUGUUACUUCGUUUCAUCCUUCACCUCACCAACACCACCACCACCACCAUCAUCAUCACCUUAAUCAUAAUCAACAUCUUGACUAUCACCAUCAACAAAUUCAUGGCCACCAUUCAACCUCAUUUCACGAACCUCACAACCAUCACGUUCACUAUCAACCAUCUGAUUCUUAUAACACCAAUCUGAUCCGGACAAACCCUUCCUAUGAUCAUCUUGCAGUUUACACGGGAUGUAAUGACAACCAUUGGUCUUCACCAUCGCCAUCAACAGCAUCACCAGCCAAUUGUGAUAACAAUUUACCGUUGACAUCUUCACCCUCUUCAUCGUCACCUUCAUCAACAUCAUCAACAUCUUCUUCUUCUUCCUCUUCGUCCUCGUCAUCUUCAUCUCUCUACAACUCUUCAUCUACUCCACCAUCAGCAUACUGUUUACCCUUUUCCCCACGAAGCUCAAAUUCAAACCCAUCCUCGUCCCAUUCACCUGGACUAUAUUCCUCAUCAUCUUCAUCGCCCUCUUCAGCCGAUCUUCAUCUUCACCCCAAUCAGCCAACAGUAAAAUCAAAAGUAACACUAACAACACUCACACCAACCACUAAAGAGACUAUAACAGCAUCAACAAUAGACUACUAUGAGCCCCUACCACCACCACCACCUCAACUACCCACCUCAUCAUCUCCACACUUUCUCAGUCCAGGUUCACUCUCAAUUAGGCCAAUUUCACUGCAUCAUCAUGCCACUUCGGCUGAACCUUCAACCAUUGACUUUAACCAUGGUCAAAACUCAUGUGUACCUGAAGCUGCUUCAAAUGUUGUUCAACCUCACACAUUGAUUGAAACUCCAUCCAUUGAUAUGGCUGAUCAAUGUAUAAUGAAUGAAGACCAUGAACAAGGAACUAUUAGAAUGCCGAAAAAGCGCAACACGGCAAACAAAAAGGAGCGUAAAAGGACUGUAUCGAUAAACUCUGCAUUUAGCCUUCUUCGUGAUCGUAUACCAAAUGUACCACCAGACACUAAAUUGUCCAAAAUUAAAACCCUUCGAUUAGCAACCAAAUACAUUUCUUGGUUAAUGACUGCACUGGAAGCUGACAAUUCAGUUGAUGAACAUGGUAACCAACGAUUACCUGUUGUUUGUGAAGAUUUCAAAGUUGAUUUACGCUGCAAAGAGGUUAAAAGAGAUUCUAAUCAUUUGAAAAUCAAUUCACCAAAGGAACUAUCAAUGGACAAUUACGAUGUAUCCAUGAAGAAGAGCAAAGGUCGAACUGGAUGGCCUCAACAUGUUUGGGCAUUAAACUUGAAACAUGAACACUCUGAAUCCUAAUGAAAUCCUCAAUCUAAAUGAAAAUCAAUGAAACAAGUCAAAAGUAACAUUUUGAUCAAAUACAAUUUACCAUUUAAACUAAUUAUUCAAAAAUAUUCAAUUGUACUGUUUAACUUGAAAUUUAAAUGAAACCCAGAAAAUUGUAAAAUACAAUAUUGAAUGGCAAAACUGUAACAAUGUAAAUCCAUUGAAAAGAUGAUUAAACUCGGAAAAAUAAUAAAGUAA